ACUGUGUCUGCCAAACACGUAAUGCGUUACCUGACUGCAGUCUCCAAUUCUGGAACAAGUCAUGUGUCUGCUGGUAGUCGUAUUGAGCAGAAAGUAUUAGAUUCUAACCCCAUCUUAGAGGCAUUUGGUAAUGCAAGUACAACUAGGAACCACAACAGCUCAAGAUUUGGAAAAUUUAUACAGCUUCAAUUCCAAAGGAAUGGCUGUAUAGAUGGUGCUGCUAUAGAAACCUACUUAUUAGAGAAGACCAGAGUUGUUCAUCAGUCACCACAGGAAUGCAACUUUCAUAUAUUCUAUCAGAUGUUACAAGGACUUAAUCCAAACCAGAGGGAGACACUGCUGUUAGAUACCACUGCUGAAUUCCGCUGUUUACCUUCUUUGAAUAGAAAUCCAGAGUCAGAUUUAAGUCAUUUCCAAACUACAUGCCAGGCCUUACAUCAUGUAGGACUCGAAGAAGAGAAGCAAUUACAGAUAUUCAAGGUUCUAAGUGCAGUUUUACAUAUAACAAACAUAAACUUCCUUUGGGAUGAAGAUGAGGAAAUGUGCAGUAUACAAGAUUGUGAUAAAUCAGCAGAAGCAGUAUGCCACCUAUUGGCAGUGUCGAAGGAAAAACUAGCAAGGAUUCUUACAUUCAGGGAAAUUACAGCAUCACAUAGCAGGAGAAAAAGUGUAUUUCACAAGCCAUGUAGUCGGUUAGAGGCUAGAAGUAGAAGAGAUUGCCUUGCCAAAACACUAUAUUCAAGGUUAUUUGAUUGGUUAGUUGAGUAUAUCAACAGAGAGAUUGCGUCAACAGAACAUGAUCGUACAAUUGGACUGUUAGAUAUAUAUGGUUUUGAACAAUUCCAAGACAACAGCUUAGAGCAGCUGUGCAUAAAUUAUGCUAAUGAGAGGCUACAGCAGCACUUUGUGGCGCAUUUCCUCAGAGAUUUACAGAUGGAGUAUGAGAAUGAAGCCAUAAGUUGGUCAUUUACAGAGUUCAUUGACAACACAGCCUGUCUGCAGCUACUGGAGGGGACACCUGGCUUGUUCAGUCUCUUCAAUGAAGAAUGCAGUUUAAACCGACCAUCAAAUGAUUCUGCCCUGAGUGAACGCUUACAGACAACAUUUGGAGGGAGGAGUCAUUAUGUUCUAAGCAAAUGCCAGAGCUUCCCUCAGUUCACUGUCAAACAUUAUGCAGCUACUGUGCAAUAUAAACUAGAAGGCUUGCUAGAUAAAAACAAGGACAAUGUUCCAUUAGAGUUGCUUGGACUUCUGCAGUCGAGUCAUGAUUCCAUGGUAGAAGAAUUGUUCAGAGAAUCUAAGUCUGAGAGUUUACAACCAGGAAAAAAGAAGAAAACUGUACUUUCAAAAUUUAAGGUAUCCCUUGACAGCCUCCUGAAAGGGUUAGAAUAUAUGGAACCACAUUAUAUUAGAUGUAUCAAACCUAAUGAGGACUGUGUUCAAGGGGUCUUUGAUGGACCAUUUGUUAUGGAACAAUUAGCAGCUUGUGGUGUUCUAGAAACAGUACAAAUCAGCAAACAGGCUUUUCCUGCUAGCCUCACAUAUCAAGAUUUCAUUCAACGUUACGGCUUCAUUAUUCACCAUCAAGAGGGUAAUCAUAAACUGCGCAAGAUUUCAGCAGAUCAUACUAGCAACAAUGAGGCUAUUGAGGAUCAGGAGAACCAGCUGCUGUGUGAACCACUAGAUCUGCUCUACCAAAAACAACUGAAACUCACCCCUAGGAAGAGUAGCACACCUAAGAAAAGACUCAGGCGAAGAUCUGGUUUGUCAAGUGUUGAUCACAGUAGGAAAUGUUGCGCCACAGUGCUACAGAUGACAUUUGGGACUCAAAUUAGCAGAGAAGCUACCCGGGAACAGUUUGGGCGUACAAAGAUAUUUCUCAAGGAUGGACAGUUGGAGCAGUUGGAGUGUCUGAGAGGAAAAAUUGUUUGCAAAUGUGUGUUUACAAUCCAAUGUGCUUGGAGGAGGUUCAAGCGGACCAAGAGACUUAGCGCUCUUGUGACAUUACAAUCAGCUGUCCGCGGCUACCUGUGCCGCAAGAUGUUGAGGCAUCUUUCAGAUAAGAGACUUUUGCAGACUGAUUGUAAGAAGGUUCCUCCAAAAGUUGCUCCAAAACCAAAAUCUAAACUGAAACAUUCGAGAAGCAGUGCUGUGGCUCGUGGAGAUUUAGCAAUCCAUGUAUUUGACAGUCAUACGGAGAACACUGAUAACAACCCUGAUUUGCUGGUUCAAUUCUGGAGAAAUGUAACUGAUUUGAUUAGUGUUGAAAGAGUCCUGCUUGAGAUUAGAGACAAUAAAACGUUAACUUAUCCAGGAAUUCCUUAUUUGGAGUUUCAGAAUGAUUUGAUGUCUCGACGGAGAAUGCCAAGAGUGCCAAUAAAAUUCCACACAAAACCCAGCCAAGUGCUGAAAUAUGGACAUUGUAUGUCUGCCAAGGAAAAACAGUGUAGCCUUACAGACUGCCUUGCCUGAAAUAACGUGAUAAACAUUCCCCUGUGAUUAUAUUGACAUGAAAGAACAAAUGGUACAAUGAGGACCAUUUUAAUAAGGACUUUAAAAAUAAGGACCAUAAUCUGUGAUAUUAACCUGCACUAUGUAAUAGAUAAUCUUAUGCAUUGAAAGUGUAUUCCCUACAUUAAAUCAUACUAAUACAG